AUGGCCACCGAUACCCUCGUCCUUCGCGGCACCAUGAGAGCCCACACUGACCAGGUUACAGCAAUAGCUACACCUAUCGACAACACUGACAUGAUUGUCAGCUCAUCCCGUGACAAAUCCAUCAUUCUUUGGCACUUGACCAAAGACGAAAAAACCUAUGGUGUCCCUCGCCGUCGUUUGACCGGGCACUCGCACUUUGUCCAAGACGUCGUCCUCUCCUCUGAUGGUCAGUUCGCUUUGUCCGGUUCCUGGGACGGCGAGCUCCGUCUCUGGGACUUGGCUGCUGGCGUUUCUGCUCGCCGAUUUGUCGGUCACACCAAAGAUGUGUUGUCUGUUGCUUUCUCUAUUGAUAACAGACAGAUCGUUUCUGCUUCAAGGGAUAAGACAAUCAAGCUGUGGAACACUCUUGGUGAAUGCAAGUAUACCAUUCAAGAGGCUGAAUCUCAUACCGAUUGGGUUUCUUGUGUCCGUUUUAGCCCAAAUACAUUGCAGCCCACGAUUGUUUCUGCCUCGUGGGACAAGACAGUGAAGGUUUGGAAUUUGACUAACUGUAAGUUGAGGUCUACCCUUGCAGGACAUGGUGGGUAUGUGAACACUGUGGCUGUUUCGCCAGAUGGGUCAUUGUGUGCAAGCGGUGGGAAAGAUGGGGUGAUUUUGUUGUGGGAUUUGGCUGAAGGAAAGAGGCUUUACAGUUUGGAUGCAGGUGCAGUUAUUAAUGCCUUGUGCUUUAGCCCUAAUAGGUACUGGCUGUGUGCGGCCACCGAGAAUAGCAUUAAGAUUUGGGAUCUGGAGAGUAAGAUGGUUGUUGAUGAUUUGAAGGUUGAUCUCAAAGCUGAAGCUGAGAAAUCUGAGGGUACUACAGCUACUGCUGUAAGUACCAAGAAGAAGAUCUACUGCACAAGCUUGAACUGGAGUGCCGAUGGAAGCACCUUGUUCAGUGGUUAUACCGAUGGUGUUAUCAGAGUCUGGGGAGUUGGUCGCUAUUAG